GGUAUCCUAUUGCUAUGAACAUUGAUAGAACUUGAUGAGUAUCUGGAAUAUCUCACUCCUUACUACUGUAAUGCUCUUUUCACACGUCCAAUGUGCUAGGGUAAAUUGAAAAAGGAUGACCAUUUCCAUCUGGCUGGUUUGUGUUCUACCCUUUACAUCUUGCGAACACUGAUCCAUGAUGGAUUGCAGCAUGGAUGACUUUGUGAAUACACAAGGUGGCAGCAUGGCCAAUAACAUCGGUUCCCAAGACGAUUCAAUGGACUAUACAAUGGAACAUCAGGACGGGAUGGAUUAUACUAUGACCUAUGAUGCGACAAACCAAACUUUGUCUCAAUUGCCAGACGCAGAGGAUCCCUCAGAGGAAGGUGAGGAAGAGGAAAUUCCAGUUGUUGAGCUUGCUCGUUUGAUCGGUGUAUCUCAAGAUCAUCAACUUGACAAUACCUCGGUGGAUAUCUUACUUGUGAUGCAGAAAGAUGUUGAUCCUAGUAUCUCCAGUGAUCUUAAUGAUGAUCAUCUGUCUCUACUUACUACACCAGAAAUCAAUCCCAAUGAACGGCUAUCAGUAAGUAUCGGUGCCGCACGACUUCUCACAUCUAUAGCACAAAGUGAAGGCCAAGAAUCAAUCGAUACUUUGAAGCAUCCUUUACUUGAGCCAAGAGUUGUCAGAAAUCUGCGGGUCGAAUUUCCCUUGUUGCUAAGUGAGCAUUCUUUCGAUCUCAGAGGGUUUGCAAGAAGAGAUGGGUUCGAAGUGAGGCCUCAAGAUAUCAAAUUGCCACUAGAGCUACUUAGUAUUGAGAACAAUGAGGGGCUGGGAUUUCCAUCAGACUUUUAUAACUUCGAAAUUGAGGCAUUUGAGACAAUAGCGAAUGAGAAGAUUGAAGUAACAAGAAACUCGAUGGUCUAUCUUCAAACGGCCUUGAAAACAACACUAACGGUAGAGAAUAAACAAGAGAUUUGGGAAGACGAUAGAACACACCCAAGAAAAUUCCCUGUCUCGAACCAUGUUACGCCACCUCUGUCUCCGAUAUCAGCCCCAGUACCUGACAGCCCUCUUCCUUUUGUUUCGUCCGGCUGCGAAAUACCAGUACUUUCAGAUCCCGAUUCUCUUACAUCGCUGGACCUCAGAAGGAUUGAAGAUGAAGUAUUCAAGGAAGAUCUUCCAACACCCCUGCGCAACCAAUCUAUGACUGCAGCAACAAUUUCAACGUCCGAUGAGCAAUGUUUCAAGCCUGCAGAUCUAUACUCACCACCGGAGUGUAUCAGAAAUUUCGACCCAUCUUCUUCUCCGAUAGAAAAGAAAAGGCUUAUGGAGAAUCUAAAAGUAGAAGAAAUCUUGACGCCACCAAAGCCGUUCGAAGAAGCAGGACCUAAAAGCGUACACUUCAAUAACAUCGUAGAAGAAUUUCUACUCAGCAGUCGACCACAUUCUAUAUUCUCUGAGUCCAUAAUCGAGACCAAAUUCUUCGAAGAGGCACUCGGCGAUAAUGGAGAACAAGCACAACAUCGAGUUGAACAAGAGAGACUCGCAGAUUCAAGAAGUCGUGUCGAAGUACCCGUGAUGGACUUUAAUCUACCUGGACCUCCCUGGAUGACUACUAAUUUCCAUAGUGUCAAUGUGGUUAAUUUGGCUUUAACAAAAGUCGCCAAGGAUAUAAGUGUUAGCCCCUCAAUGCGUUGGCCCGGAUUAAAGAAGUUGCACUCGAAAAUUCCAUGGGCACCAUUUAAACAUGACCUGGGAAAUGUUGUCGAAGAUUUCAUGGGCAACGAGAAGACUUGGGAGGCGUUCGUAUGCAGCUUAGAAGAUGAUGGGGUGGUCACAAGUUCAGAUCUUACCUGGAAGAGGGAAGGCUUUCGAAUUCUUCAGGAAAACCCUGAAGAUGGUGAUGAUGAUGAUGAUGACGACGAACUUGAGUUGGGAUAUUUCCCGAAAGAGCUCGUGAAAACACCACCAUUACUUGGUAAACAGAGCCCUGAGAUACAAGAUGUAAACCAAAGGCAAAAGCCGGCAUGCCAACUCAGCCUCAAUACUUACAGAGACACAAUGAUGUCUUUUCAGCCAUUGGUUACUCCAGAGAUGCGUCUAGAAAUAGCGGAUGCGAAGAUGAUACCACGAACUAAGAGAGCACGAUUAAGGGUUGACGAACAAACUUCCCUGCUCGGCGGUAUAUUCUUCGCAGAGAAUGAACUAAGUAAUUUUAUGGAGAUACGAGGAGCGAAGAAACCGAAACUGGUUGCAAGUUCUCAUUUCCCAGUUCCUGAUUUUCCAGCACCCUUAGCAUCCAUUCAAAUAAACCCAGACAAGGAAUCACAAUUUCAAAAGGCAGUUCCCUCUCGUUCGCCUCUCCCAACACCCGUUAUAAAUACCCCAACAGUCACCAUCUCUAUAAUCCUAUCUUCCACGAUCCUCAAAGAUCGCCCUCUUCUCCGCUCCCUCGAAACCCUGAUUCCGACUCUCAAAAUCUGCGAGCGCGAUUUCUCCGCCCACAACACUACGACUUGGAAUCCGGGUUCUGUGGUCCGCUCCCCUAUAACUUCAACUCUCACUCACGAAGCCGAUAUUAUCAUUUCUCCAAGCACAGGACUUGUUCUUACUACUCUACAACAUGUCAAGCAAAAGCCACUACCUGGACACAAGACUUCUGUCCCAAUUCGUGAUCGAUUGGAGAAAGUCAGUGCACGGUAUGAGAAUUUAAUUGUUCUUGUCGCUUCCUCUACAACUGGUAUAGGCGAUGGUGAUAGCAUUGCCUGGGCUGAUUUCGUCGGUUUCACACUGACAUUAUCCGCAAGCGUUAUUGUCAAUUACAUCCCCGUUGAUAAAGCCAACGCCGAAGAUCAAAGCAUGGAAAGAUAUAUCUCCUAUCUCAUUAUCCAACACUCUAGAAAUACCCUCUCGAAUCCAGUUCUGGAACUGCUAGAACAGGAGUCAUAUUGGGAGAUAUGGCUGAGAAGAGCUGGAAUGAAUGCUUAUGCUGCUCAAACAACGAUUGCAGAGUUGAAAGAGCCGGAACCGAGACUUGAGAUGGGUGAGGAGGGUUAUGAGAGGGAGAUGCAGAUGAUUUAUGAAGGGGGCCCAUAUGGAUUGACACUGUUCGUGGUGAUGGGGCUGGAAGAGAGGAUUAGGAGAUUGGGCGGGUUAGUGGGAAGGGGUGUGUUGGAAAGGGUCAGUAGGGUUGUCGAUCAGGUGUGGGACUAGAGAUUGUGAAGGCUGUAUAUUGGGAGAGUGGCUCGUUGCAGGAGAAGUUGAUUAUAGGGCGGUAAUGAUUGACGAAUGUCUGGCUGAAUUUAUGCAACAUUUACUUGCCGCUGAGGAUUGGCUUUAUAUGAGCCAAGCAAAAAUAGCUGGACA